CCGAGGGAGGGAAACUUACGCUGACGAAGCCUACAACCUGCAAUACAGGCACCCAUAGGCUCACGCCAACAACAGCAGACAUGACUAUGAAGACUCUGGUGGCUCUGCUGCUGCUCUGUCUGUGUGAUCCUGGACAGAGCGACUGCCAGACAGACUGCCUGUCCUGCAGCAACUUCCUGCCAGAACAGCUCAGUUUCAACACCAUGGUGUGUCUCAUUGAGUGUGAAGGAAGCAUCUCCCCAGCCUUCUCCUGGGACCUCUGUCGUAAGGUGCUGUCGUCUCCAGGGUCCUCCCUCAGUGGUAUGCUGCGGAAAAGAUCUCAGGAGGAGGUGGAGGCCCUGUUUCCUGAGGAGGAGGAGCAGGUGGAGGGAGGUCUGUUGCUGCCCAUAGCAUUGCAGAGGUUCGAUCAGGUGACCAAGGCGCUCGAUGUGGACGAGAGGGAUCUGGGUGGCAAAGGCAGCCAGCUGAACGAUGCCUACAAUUCCCAGAAUACUGUGUCCCUCGAGGAUGAGUAUGAAGAGCAAGAAGGGCAGGAAGAAGGGAAUGCUGACAUGGCAGCAAGAGGAAAGAGUGAUGUAGGGUUGAGCUUCUCCAAGAGAUUCGGUGGCUUCGUCAAAGGGAGGCACAGCUACAGGAAGCUGAUGUCUCCGGGAAGAUCGUACCAGAAGAGAUAUGGUGGCUUCAUCGGCAUAAGGAAGUCGGCCCGCAAGUGGAACAACCAAAAACGUUUCAGCGAGUUUCUGAAGCAGUAUCUGGGCAUGAGCAGCCGGGCCACUGAGUUCAACAGUGUGUCAGAGGACCUCACCCAACAGAAUGAAAUUUAGCAGAUUGCACCUUUAAGCCAACGACAUAAAACAGAUGUAUUUUCACUUUCCUUGUUUUGUAUUUUAAUCACCAACGGGUCAAACUCUAACUGGUGUCACCAAAGUUGACCUCUUUAAAACUUAAUAAUUUACCAAAAAGUGAAAAUUCCAGUGGAGUAAGUAAAAACACUGGGUCCCCCCUGAAACUCACAUGGCUGUACCAGUUAAACAAUCAUGUUUUAUUUGAUCAUUGCUGCACUUUAUGAAACUUGAACAAAGCUCCCUAAGUGGGAAUUCUGGUGUAUUUUACAGCUAAAUAAAGGAUUUAUUUCAAUGUUUCGUGUAAUCUACGAGUUAAGUCACCAAUAACAAGGUCCCCUGUAUCGUGCAGUAGCUUUAUUUAGACAACCAUUUCUGUGCUGGGUCAUGUGUAAAAAGUGCCAAAUUUUCUUACAUGGAGGCCUCUGGUUGUGUGUGGGGGGAGGGGGGAAUUGGGUGUUUGAAAAAUGUAGAAGAACCUCCAUUAUUAAGUUUACCAGGAAAACCACCAGGAAAAAGACAAAUACCAGUGUUUUUAAUGUUUUGGCAUUUUGGUUAGGUAAUAUAGAAUAUAAUGUUUGUGAUUUGUGUUAAAUAAAUGAAAACAUGCAAAAACACACUGAUUUAUCACUGUGCCAAAAACAUGUCACCUGGGACAGGUUUAAGCAGAAGAUAUCUCCCUAAGUUUAGUGCAAUGAUGAAUGGACACACUACACAACACUUAAUGUUCAUGCAUUAUACAAAAAACUAUCUGUCUGCCAAACUGACGAUAUGUAAAAAUGGGCUUCAUCUCUGACUGGCUCCUGUGUCCAGAUGCCACAUUCAUGUAUGUAAAAACAGUAUUUGAUAUUUUGCUGUUAACUGUAACAGUGUGAAAUGUUUUUGUUGCCCAUUAUGAGAACUGUAAAUAGCUGAAUUUAAUGUCAAUAAAAAUAGUUUGCUAUUUCGUUUGUGACCUGUCA